AUGACUGACAACCACCGCAACACAACGGACAGCAACACGACGACGUUUGCAGUGAUCGGCAGCAGCGGUGACGGCGGCGGCGACAAGGACCGACUCUCUCAACCUGAGCGGCUGGAAGAUGCUCGUGAAGCGAGUCAUGCGUCGCCAAUAACGACGCAACGAAGUCGACCACGAGCUUAUCUGAAACCGGCUCUGGAUCCAGAAAACACUGUGAUCGUAUUCCCUAGUGAAGAUUUGAUUCCUAUGGUAACGGGUGUACAAGAUGAUCCGGCGUCGACAAGUGGACGCCUUUCUGCCGUUCAAAUCUUACGAAUUGAACCUGAUGGUCGGGUUGGGAUGGAUGGUCGGUUAGCCGUUGGUGACAAUAUUGUUGAAAUAGACUAUCGACCGGUUUAUCAGAUGUCGAUUGUCCGUGCCAGAGCCUAUCUAAGCGAACUGCAGUCACGUGCCGAGCCGUCGUUAACGGUCGCUCGACCGCCUUCCUCGUUUGCAGAUGAUCCGUUCUCGAGAAGCCAGCCUGGGACGUCAUCGCUGCAAAAUCGACCGAUCUUGUCAGCACUUCAGCAAGCGAACACUGUUCAUAUUGGUCAUACGAAGGUGGUUGAACUGCAGAAAACGCCAGCUGGUUUUGGUUUCACUGUAACCGGAAGAGAGACCGCCAAAGGCGAACGACUGUUCUAUAUAGGAACGGUGAAACCGAAUGGGGUGGCUCUGGGACAUUUACGAGCUGGUGAUCGACUUUUAGAG